CAUACAAAACUUUUGAAACAAAGAAAUGAUACUCUAGAGAAUAACACGUAGUCUGAUAGUAUACAUAUAGAUACCAGGAGUAUAGUAUCUAUUAAUUAUCUCCUCUCUGGAAUUUCAUGUCAUUACAUAUUGUAUAAGGUGAGUUUGAUAAUGUUCUCAAUAAUUUUUUUACUUUGUUAAUCUGGAAUUAACCUUAAAUUGCAUAUAACCCUUAAGAUGAUUAAAAUGAUGAGUAAUCUUGAAGGUUCCAAUAAACCAUUUCUGUUGUCAGAACUUGAUUUAACAAUUUGAAUAUAUUUUUUGCCCCGUCCUGGCUGGGAUUUUUGGGUCUGGAAGGAGUUACCAGAAAUGACGACAAGAGAAGUACCCUCGAAAUGUCAAAUGAUAACAACACUCAAGAACAACUUCAAACUUCCAUUGUGUACAAAUACAGUUGUGUUUGGUAGUUGGAUAGAGAUGGAUUGCUGUCUCUCAGAAGCUGAGUACCUAUAUGCAUACUCCAAUUGCCAUCUUGACGUCACAGAUUACUCUCGUUUACAGAUCACUUUUCCUUGGUCAUGCUGACACAGGAAGCCCAAAACUGCACCUUUAUACAUCAAUAUCUCCCACAGGAAUUCUUCAAUCCACCUCAUAUGUAUACACGUAUCGUUUAAAAGCUGGUGAUGUCUGCCAUCUUGUAGCUAUGUAAAUCCAACCACGUUUCAGAUAGAGGACAGUGGCGGGAGUAGCUCAGCAGGUUUUCACCAUGAUGCCUCAUGCACAAUAAAUCCAACUAUGACAAGACAUCAUCAAAUCCUUCCAAAGCCUGCGGUAAAUCAAAUCCAUCCAACUUCUGUAUUGAUGCCUUCAUUAUGCUCCAAUAUUUCUCCUGAUCAAGACUUCCCUGGACCAUUUGAUUUUGCAAUCAAUUUCGAGAUAAAACCAGAACCUGUGCCGAAAGCUUCUCCUUGGAUUUUCUCACAUGAGGCGGAAAAGCUGUUUGCGAAAAGAAAUGUAGACAUCCCUUUAAGAUUUACUUUGAAAGGGCCUUUAAGUCCAGAAGUUGCCCAGUUCCUAGCCAUCAGGAUUGAAAUUGUUUACAGCAGCACUGAGCAUUCUAGACAUGUAGUUCAAAGGUGUCCCAAUCAUGUUUCAAAUCCAGAGAGUCUACAGAGUGGGCAACACAUUGUGGAGACCGCCAAUAAAGAUGCAGUGUAUGGGACCUGCCAUCAAACUGGACAACAUGUCUUGAUCCUUCCACUCACGAAAUUGGAAACUGGCCAGACUGACUGUAUGUUUAAACUGGAGUUUAUUCGAUUUAUGUGUUUGACCACGUGCCCUGGAGGACCUGAAAGGCGUCCUUUCCAAGCUGUUUUUACUCUUCUUUACAAGGACAAAGUUUAUGGGAGAAAGACAUUAAAGACCAAAAUCUGCUCUACUCCUGGUCGUACACGAGACAAUGAGGUGAAUUCCGUGAGAAUGUCAAGGAAAUUAUCUGCCUCUGAUAGCAGUGGACCUGUACCCAAAAAGAAAGUCAAGAUUGAAGAAACUCCAGUAGAUACCAGUUCAAACCGUGAAUCAAAAAUGUCAGUAAACCAAGCUGUUCAUGAGACGACUACUGAACAUGUAGGCCCUUUGCACAUAAAACAAGAAGAUGAAGAUGACGAGCUGUUCACUAUUCAAGUUCGAGGGAGAGAAACGUACGAGUAUCUGAUGAAGUUCAAGGAAGCGAUCGAACUGACGCGCAUGGUACCCCCUGAAAUAUUAGAAAGUUACAGGGCAAGCUGUCCUCCUUGUGGGCCCAACUGGCACCUUCAGGAGAUAAACCAAAGGUCUAGAACCUCUGCAUCACAGCUAGUGACAGCAAAUGUCCAAUCCACAUCAACCACUACUACAAGUAGUACCGCCUCGACCAACACCCGUUAUACGCUGAAAAAUGUCCUUGUGCGGAAAAAGAAAGGAUGCCCAGAAAUGAAAUCCAUCGAAGAAUUAAAAGAAGCAGCCAAAUGAAGUACAGUGUUGGGGCCAGCAGAGGUUAAAACUAUUUAACAGUUAGAUCCGCAGGCCGAAUGGUCUACACGUCAAUAACCCACGAGGCCGAAGGUGGAAUGGGCUGUAGACCCCUUGCAGCACGUCGGAACGCAGCUCAAUUUGGAGAACAUAACAAUGGGUUUCCAAUUCUCAUGACAAUGAAAUAAUUUUGUUUUGUCCUCCAAAUCAAGCUGCUUUGACGUUUAAUGCAAGGGCUCUAUUAACAAAACGCAGAAUUGUUUUAGAAGAAACCUGCUAAUUGGUAAAAUAAAUAGAUACAAGUUUAAAAUUAGGUUAAAAUCUAGUCAUUCGCAGUUUUGGGGUUGUCGAAACCUUCACUUUUCUUUGUGAGUGGACUAUUACUAAUAGACCAUUAGUAAGUCAGUCAAUCAGAGUACAGGAUUAACUGUAUGGUAUACAUUUAGUAGGUUUAGACUAAAACUAUUUUGUCGCAAAGGUAAUCUUUCGCAGUCUUCAUUGGUGUCGGCUCAGGUCAUCCUGGGCCCUCUAUACCACAGCUAGUAGUGAGGGUGAAAGUUAACACCGACACCUGGAAAAGUCAGGAAAAUAUAGGAAAUUCUCAGGGAAGUUACAUCUACCGAUUCUUUAGUCGUGGUCAGUUGGCACCCUUAAGUGAAUAUCGAUCACUGGGUAAUACUCCAGUUUUGAUUUCUCUGAUGCCCAGGAUUCACCUCGAUUUUGUGUAGAAUAUUAUCGUGUUCCAGUGGAAUUUCCUUAUUGGUCUGAUGUAUAUAUAGCAUUAUAUAACCAAACCAACCACGUAUUUUUAAUGUUAUCACGCCACGCUCAUAUCGUAAACAUGCGCGAAAAAAAGCGUUUUAAGAAUUAAAAAAAAAAUGGUUUGCCGAUUAGUAAUAUGCACUUUCUCUGUAGCAAGAGAACACGGGACAAAAAGGUAUAUUUAUAUACAUCUACUGUAUUUCAAAAAAACGUUGACAUCGCAAAAGGCGAUAGGUCAUCCCAAGAUGCAAGAAUAGCUGGAAUGACUUGUUUUUCUGUUUCUUAUUCUCGUCAAGAACAAGGACCUUAGUACUGAGACUGAUUCAAUGCUGUUUGUAGUCGACGAAACCAUAUCCGUAUCGGAAUGAUCUAUCGCCUUUGGCAAUAAAAUAGAUGUAUGGACAUGUAUAUAAAUGUUAUUUUCGAAGUCUUGCGUCAUGGCAGCCUAUAAAAAAAACGAAAGCAGCUUGCUUUUAUUUUCCAGUUUAGUUCAAAUAUUACAGUUAAAUCUUUUAAGAUAAGGCAUGUGUAUAUAAAUGUUUUCGGUGUUGCGUCAUGACAGGCUAUACGAUAGAAAAACAAAACGAUUUGACUUGCCUUUAUUUUCCAGUUUAGCUCAAGCAUUUGAAUCUAUCAGUAAGAGAGUGCUUUCAUGUUAGCCAUACUGUGGAGCAGGGAUGUUAGCCAUGCUCUAGGCAGGGAACUGAAAUGCAAUGUUUGUGCAAAAGUAGACUUAUUACCCAAACGAUAACAUUUCGUGUAUAGAACCCUUGAGCAUGUUGGGUCGACUUAUCGCAUUGCAUCGUGGAACUGUUUUAGGGGAUAAAAUAGACGCCAUUWAAAAAUAUAUGUCACCCUAACAAUUCCCACAAUGCAUUGCAAUAUCACUUUGUUCGAGUUAUUUCCUCAACCUCGGAAUGACUGCUAAGGUGGAAGUCUUUCAUAUAGGGCAAUCUGUGGUGACGUUAUAUUUGUCUAUUCCUUGAACAACUAACACGAAAGUCUCUUGAAGCCACAAAUGCAAAAAAAAUAAAAUAAACCAAAAAAUACCUCAUUAUCAAAAUAUUGGCAAAGGCCAGCUUGGAUGGCGUCGAUGAAAUUCAACAUGGCAGAUAUCACGUUAGGAUUAUAAUAUAAGCAUAUUACAAUUAGUUUUUAAUUACGUUAAAGGAUUGAAUGCAAUAAAAAUAUCUUUCAAAAGGAAGUGUUAUUCCUAAUGUAACUUCCUUAUCGUAAACA